UCGACUUAUUGAAAGUGUGCAACAGAACUUAUUGUUCGUGCUAUUUUUCGAGGACAAUUGGAAGUUGCUGGUACUACCGGCUAUUCAGUUCUAUUGGUAUUGUUACAACCAUUCUCGCCACACCUGUUAGCAACAAUGCUUUUGAGAUAUUCUGAGGCCGACAUCCAAGUGACGACUACAUUCACAAUCCCGAGUCGAGGUAUUUAUACCUGCCUCAGAUCUUUUUUGAUAUAAAAGCCUUGACCUCUCCUAAAGUUCGCAACCUCCAGCACCGCUUCCCGGAUUCAUUGAUCCACAGCAUCUUGUCCACCCUCUUCGGACAGCUUUCAUCUGGUUGCAGCAAUGUCUUUCACACUGUAUCACACCAAGCGCGAUGGCAGUAAAGAAGCUAUCAAGAUGUCCAUCUUUGAUGCUUUUCGAGGAGUACCAGAUCCUAAGCCAAGGAAGCCACGAAUGUGCCCAUGCUGCGGAAAGCCUCAUACCUCCAAGACCGAAGCCACCGGCGGCAAGAAAGACAAAGCCAAAGAUGAAGGAGACAAGGAGAAAGCUAAACCUGCUGGAAAGGACGGUGAGGAGACUGAUGAUGAGACCAUAUGGCGAAUGAAGACGGAGAACCCUCAGGAGAAAUGGAAAGCUAUUCUCGAAGCUACCAACGGAUUCCAGAACGAAGGCGAGGUCAGAAAGCGAUUCAGUGAGCUCAAGAAGGAGAAGAGCGCAGAGCAGGAAGAGUCCAAGGAUGGCGACGAAGGCAGCAAGAAAGAUCAAGACGACGACAAAGCCGCAAAGAAGGCUAAAACAAAGGAAGAAGGUCUCAAGAAGCAGGCUGAAGCAAAGGCCAGGAAGGAAGCCGAAGAGAACGCCAAAUCCGAAGACACUGGUGAUGCCGAGAAGACCGACAAGAAGGACAAGGGACAAAAGUCUCAAAAGAAGUCCGACAACGAAGACAAGAAACCUAAAGGCGACAAAGACACAUUCCAGGCCUGGGCCCAUGACUACGACAAGAAGAAAUGGCAGACCCUGGCUUCAAAGCAUUAUGACAAGACCGGGGACCGCAUGACUGCCGACGAGGCUCGCAAGAUGGCCGAAGGGAAGAGAGGCACUGGUGUCCAUACCAUGGUACUUCAACAUGAUCGAGAUUUUUGAGGUCUUUCAGCGACUUACGCCCAGGGAACCGAUUGGAAACAGAUUCUGGAGGCUCUGAUCACACCAUUGACAUUGCGGGGGAAGGCUGGGUGAAUGCAAAGUAUCUCCAUCUAUCCUAUUGUGCUACCCACUUUUCAGGCUGAAUAGUUGUACAUCCUUGCUUUCAUCAUCAGAAAAUAUGCUUCUCCACGAUCGACAGCUUCCUCUUUCGUCCACAUCUUCAACGUCGAUGAUGCAUCGAAGGCAAGCUACUCACCUCCACUUGCUUGCGGAAGUCUGCCGGCAUCAC